CGGUCAGAUCUCGAUUUUUCAUUUCAUUCCUUUUAUGAUUUCCAUCAUCAUUUCGACGACACACGGAUCUUGAAUUCUUUACUUUACUUUACUUGGUUACAUUCUGCCCGGAUUUUUUAGCUCCGUUUGUUUGUUUGUUUGAAUCUCGUAGACAGCAUGGAAGGUGCCAUUGUUAGAAGAGUCAUUCCCUCUGACAACAGUUGUCUCUUUAAUGCUGUGGGAUAUGUCAUGGAUCAUAGUAAGCUAAAGGCCUCUGAGUUGAGACAGGUCAUAGCUGCAGCAGUUGCAAGUGAUCCUUCAAUGUUUUCUGAGGCAAUUCUUGGGAAGCCAAAUGCAGAGUAUUGCUCUUGGAUUCUUAACCCUGAGAAAUGGGGAGGCGCCAUUGAGCUGUCAAUAUUGGCGGAUUAUUAUGGGCGUGAAAUUGCAGCAUACGACAUCCAAACCACAAGAUGUGAUUUGUAUGGACAGGAAAAGAACUAUCGAGAGAGAGUGAUGUUGAUUUAUGAUGGACUGCACUAUGAUGCUUUGGCUAUGUCACCCGCUGAAGGAGCACCAGAAGAGUUUGAUCAGACAAUAUUUGUAGUUGAUAAGGAUAGAACAAUUGGAGCAGUUGAAAGGCUGGCUCUGAAUUUUGUCAAAGAACAACAAAGGAAAAGAAGUUUCACCAACACAGCCAACUUCACUUUGCGAUGUGGGGUUUGCCAGAUUGGAGUCAUCGGCCAAAAGGAGGCUGUGGACCAUGCACAGGCAACAGGACAUGCGAAUUUUCAAGAAUACAAGUGAUGAUAUAGGUUAAACAAGAAAGAAAAAACUUACAGUUUAAUUUAUAUGAAACCAAUUAAGAAGUAGUAACAUGCAGAAACAGUUUGAUCUCAAAUUCUUUGGUUUGGUUUGGUUGGGGGAUUUGUUGUAUCAUCGGAGGGUUUGGAUAAACUGUAUCAUUGCCAAUUGAAUUGUGUUGUCAUUGCCUAUUGAAUUGAAUUGUAUUGUGUUGUCAUGAUAAUAAUAAUAAUGACCAUUUUAUCCAUACA